AUGUCAAUCAGUUGUCCUGAUACCCACAAGAUAGCGAUCAAAAGGUUAUACUACGGCGUCAAACAGGAUCCUAUCUGCAACAACCGCUCCCUGAUUCGUAACCACCAGCUUCCGGAUUGCUGCCGUGCCAGCACCAACGAUUGUAUUGUCCUUGAAGGAUCACAGUAUCCUAUGUUUAACAUCCACUGUUCUGGCUACAGGUCAUGUGAUGUGCGUAUCACAGCCGUGAAAACAUCGUCUUAUUGUCCGAAAAUUAGCCCGGAGACCCACUACCAAAGAGUUGUUUAUCAUUGCGUUCCAAAAUCAAAUAUUGCGGAAUUUUGCAACCGAGAGAACCGUCGCGGCAAGUCGGUGUUUCUCGCUAACAGGAAAUACCCAGAAUCCAUUCGUGGGGGCAAACAUGAUUGUCAGUGUGUCGUGGAGACCGGUUUCGGUGGGGGUAUAGGCCUCCAUGCCAUUGACAUCAUGAUUACGCACAGUGAUUACGGCGGUCGACCAUGUCAACAGAGGUUAGACAUUGAAGACAGCAAUGGUACCAAAAAAAGCAUCAGUUGUGGCGCUCAGGAUCUCUACGGGUUCCGUUCGAUUUACCAAAAACCAGUUCGCAAUGUUUCACUCACCCUACGUAGUACGUCGCCUGAAUCGCAUGGAUUUAUCUGGCUUCAAGCAAAACCUCUUCGGGAAGACGAUUACGUAAUCAUCCGUUGUCGUGGAGACCGGGAAGAGAAGGUUUCCAUCAAGGACGAAUAUUCUGUCUUACCCAGUUCACAGAAACCAAACUUAACACCCCACAGUUCGGCUGAAUUCUUCUCAAGUACUUCAUCUCCCGCCAAGGACAGAGAAUUUGCCAACAAGAGGAAUGAGGACGAAGAAAGGAAAAAAGAAAAGCAGUUUAUGAAUAUGGCAUUUUUAAUUGGGGGAGCAGCAGCGGCUUUUAGUUUCGUUUUCAUCGUCACAACAAUUGCAGUUAUUCUUUAUUGUCAUUGCAAACGUAAGAAGAAGAAAGAAGAAUCUCAAAAGAAAUCCCUUUACCAGCCUCCGAGUCUUUGUGGGAAAGAUGACCCCUGCAGCGGAUACGACUAUAACGAAGACCAUUACAUAUCGAUACGGCGUAGUCCCUUGAAAGUAUCGACCUACAGCAAUUUGCAGGCAAUUACCCAGAAGAAAAUACAGGAGGAUUUGGUCCUGUCGGCCAAUCCAGAUCCAGAAGCGGAUCCAGACACGACAACGGACGAAUACGUUAACUACUACGAAGAAGCCGAUUCAUGCACAGACCCUAACCGUCGGUACAGCGAGCCAUCGGCCAUCAAUGGCGAACGACGACGGACAGGUAUAUUGACAAACAGUGGCCAUUACGCCAACGUGACAUUCUCCACACCGCCGACUGGACGGAACACGCCUCGCACGAAGAAUAAAACAGUCAGCUUCUCGCAACCUGUAGCAAUGGUGACGCCACUGCAUUCUGCUUCCGAAGAAUCCGUGAACCAGACCAACGAAGACCCGUUUUAUGAGGAUGCAAAUGACGUUACCACCGCUGCAAAUAUGAGAGCUAAGAAUGAAUCGGUGUCGACGGCCGCAGAGAGCAGCCAACCGCUGACUGCACCAGUUGACACCGGUCAUUACAAAAUACCCGUUUCGCACCCAGUUUACGAUAUUGUACCUCACGACAACAAUGACGAUUCACUGCCACUUUCGGCCUACCCGGAAGACCCUGAGACGAACACUUAUAUGCAAAUCGGAACCCCGUCUGAUAAGGCAACGAAUCCACUCGCGACUACAGGUGUUACUCCAGCUACCACAGCUCUUGGGAGGUCACGUAUUUUACGACGUGCUAACGAUACAGAAACGGACACAGGUCAUUACAAGACGCCACCCAGUCGUAGAAUCAGUGCUAAUCUCGGUCCACCGCCACCGCCACCACCCCCAGGGCAACAGAAAGAAGAUAAUAAUCUUAACAAUACAAAUGUCUAUUGCCAAAUGAAACUCACCUCUCUUGAAGACACUUACUGCAACUGA